ACCACCCAAAACCUUGUCGUAGGACCUCUACUAACCCUCAAACAUGUCUGCCCUCGGAAGCAGGGAAGCCGGUGUAGGUACUGGUCGUAGGAUGAGCAUUGCUGUUGUGCUGCUGGCAGGGUUCUUAGUAGCCACUGUGAGUGGCGAUUCCAAAGCUGUGACGACAAGCCUUACAACAAAAUGGACGUCCACCCCUCUGCUUCUGGAAGCCAGUGAAUUCUUGGCUGAGGAGAGUCAGGAGAAGUUCUGGGAUUUUGUAGAGCUCAAUCAGGACAUUGAAAUUGACCAUACUGAUACUGAUCUGUCCUACUACCAUCUGAUCCUGAAGAGAGCCGGCCAGCUUCUCAGCCCAAUCCAGCUCAGCCUGCUGAAGUUCUCCCUGUCCUUGAGGUCCUACUCGGCCACAGUACACUCCUUCCAGCAGAUCGCGUCCAAUGAGCCCCCGCCCUCUGGGUGCCCGGCCUUCUUCAGUGUCCACGGCGAAAAGUCCUGCGACCCAGAGAGCUUGAAAGCCUUGCUGGAGAAUGCCUCCGACAGGCCCAAGCCACACCUCUUCAAGGGGGACCACAGAUUUCCCUCCUCCAACCCGGAUGCCCCGAUCAUCAUCCUUUACGGCGAAGUGGGCAGCGGGGAGUUCGCCAAAUUCCACCAGCUAAUGCUGGCCAAGGCCAACAAGGGAGAGAUCACAUAUGUCCUGCGCCACUUCGUAGCGAAUCCAAGCAGAAGCAAAGUGUUCCUGUCUGGGUAUGGUGUUGAGCUGGCUAUUAAAAACCAGGAGUACAAAGCUAAGGAUGACACUCAAGUUCAAGGCGCUGAUGUGAACGCUACAAUGAUUGGAGAGAACGACCCAGUGGAUGAGGUCCAGGGAUUUCUCUUCGGCAAACUCAAAACCCUGUACCCGGAGUUGAAGGAGCAGCUGAAGGAGCUACGCAAGCACCUUGUGGAAAGCACCAAUGAAAUGGCCCCGCUCAAGGUGUGGCAGAUGCAAGACCUGAGCUACCAGACGGCUGCGCGCAUCCUGGCCGCCCCCUCGGUGGACGCCCUCACGGUCAUGAGGGACCUGAGUCAGAACUUCCCCACCAAGGCCAGAUCCAUAACAAGAACCGUGGUGAACUCGGAGAUUCGAAGGGAGAUAGAAGAAAACCAGAAAUUCUUCAAGGGAACCUUAGGCCUGCAGCCAGGAGACUCUGCCCUCUUCAUCAACGGACUCCACAUUGACCUGGAUGUGCAGGACAUCUUCAGCGUUUUUGAUGUUCUGAGGAACGAGGCGCGCGUGAUGGAGGGGCUGCAGAGCCUUAAAAUCGAGACGCCCUUCAUCCACGACAUCCUCAAGCUCAACGUGCAGCCGUCCGACUCGGACUACGCCGUGGAUAUCCGCAGCCCUGCCGUCAACUGGAUCAACAACUUGGAGACGGACGGCCGGUACGGCUCCUGGCCCUCCAACGUGCAGGAGCUCCUCCGGCCCACCUUCCCAGGGGUCAUCCGUCAGAUCCGCAAAAACUUCCACAACUUCGUGGUCAUUGUGGACCCCGCCCAUGAGAACACUGCAGAGCUGCUGAGCGUGGCCGAGAUGUUCUUCAGCAAUAACAUUCCGCUCAGGAUCGGCGUGGUGUUCGUGGUCUCCGACGCCGACGACGUCGACGGGAUGGACGACCCGGGUGUGGCCCUGCUGCGAGCGUUCAACUACAUCGCCGACGACGUGGACAGCCAGCACGCGUUCGAUGCCAUCAUAUCGAUGUUUAACAGGGUCCCGAGCGGAGGCAGGCUGAAGGUGGAGCACGUGGUGGGGGUGCUGGCGAAGAGGUACCCUUACGUGGAAGUGAGCAGCAUUCUGGGGGCUGACUCGGCCUACGACAAAAACAGGAAGGAUGGGAAGAGUUAUUACGAGCAGACGGGGGUGGGGCCCCUGCCGGUGGUGCUGUACAACGGCAUGCCGUACCAGAGGGACCAGCUGGACCCAGAUGAGCUGGAGACCGUCACCAUGCACAAGAUCCUGGACACCACCAGCAUCUUCCAGCGUGCCGUGUACCUGGGCGAGCUGACCGGCGACCAGGACGUGGUGGACUUCAUCAUGAACCAGCCCAACGUGGUGCCUAGAAUCAACUCCAGGAUCCUGUCCACUAGCAGGAACUAUCUGGACCUCUCCGACACAAACAACUUCUUCAUUGACGAAUACGCCCGCUUCCUCUUCCUGGACACCAAGCAGAAGAACACGGCCGUGGCCAACAGCAUGAACUACCUGACAAAGAAAGGAAUGGCCACUAGGGAUACCCACGACGACAGCUACAUCCGUCCAGUGACGUUCUGGGUCGUGGGAGAUUUCGACCAGCCUUCCGGCCGACAGCUGCUUUACGACGCUAUAAAGCACAUGAAAACCAGUAACAAUGUCCGCCUCGGCAUGAUCAACAACCCGAGCGAGAGCCCGUCCAACGACACCCACCGCAUCGCCCGGGCCGUCUGGGCGGCCAUGCAGACCCAGUCCGCCAACAACGCCAAGAACUUCGUCACCAAGCUGUCCAAGGAGGAGACGGCCGGCGCCGUGGCUUCGGGGACGGACGUCGCCGAAUUCGCCGUCGGGGGAAUGGACAUCCAGCUGUUCAAGAGUGCGUACAAAUCCCCUAAGGUGGACUUCCUGCUCUCCCACGCGGCUUUCUGCAGAGACGUCCUGAAGCUGAAGAAAGGCCAGAGGGCCGUCAUCAGCAAUGGGCGGAUCGUUGGCCCGCUGGAGGAAGGGGAGGUCUUUAACCAGGAUGACUUCCUGCUGCUGGAGAGCAUCAUCAUGAAGACGUCAGGAGAGCGGAUCCAGAACACUGUCCAGCAGCUGGGUGUGGAGGAGCACAGGGCCAGCGAUCUGGUGAUGAAAGUGGACUCCUUGCUGUCCUCUCAGCCCAAAGGGGAAGCCCGGAUUGAGUACACCUUCUUCGAAGACCGAUACAGCGCCGUCAAACUCAGGCCCUCUGAGGGCGAGGUGUAUUUCGACGUGGUCGCCGUGGUGGACCCCGUGACUCGGGACGCCCAGAAGCUCGCCCCCCUCCUCCAGGUCCUCAGAAAGCUCGUGAACGUCAACCUCCGGGUCUUCAUGAACUGCCAGUCCAAGCUGUCCGACCUGCCGCUGAAGAGUUUCUAUCGGUAUGUGCUGGAGCCGGAGGUGUCCUUCAUGGUGGAUAACAGCUUUGCCCCGGGCCCUGUGGCCACCUUUCUGGACAUGCCUCACUCCCCCCUCUUCACCCUCAACCUCAACACGCCCGAGAGCUGGAUGGUGGAGUCGGUGCGCACGCGCUACGACCUGGACAACAUCUACCUGGAGGAGGUGGAGGGAGGCGUAUCUGCGGAGUACGAGCUGGAGUACCUCCUCCUGGAGGGGCACUGCUUCGACGUCACCACAGGGCAGCCCCCCCGCGGCCUGCAGUUCACCCUGGGCACCGCCUCCGACCCCGUCAUCGUGGACACCAUCGUCAUGGCCAACCUGGGCUACUUCCAGCUGAAGGCCAACCCCGGGGCCUGGGUCCUCAAACUGCGCAAGGGCAGGUCGGACGACAUCUACAAGAUUUACAGCCACGAAGGGACGGACUCGCCGAGCGACGCGGACGACCUGAUCGUGGUGCUGAACAACUUCAAGAGCAAGAUCAUAAAAGUCAAGGUUCAGAAAAAGCCGGACAAAAUGAGCGAGGAGCUCCUGAGCGACGGCACCACAGAAGACGACUCGGGAUUCUGGGGCUCCCUGACCAGAGGAUUCACAGGGGGAGCAAAGACUGACGAGAUCAAGCAGGAGAAAGAUGACGUCAUCAACAUUUUCUCGGUGGCGUCCGGACACCUGUACGAGAGGUUUCUCAGGAUAAUGAUGUUGUCAGUCCUGAAACACACAAAAACACCAGUGAAGUUCUGGUUUCUGAAGAACUACCUGUCUCCAUCAUUCAAGGAGUUCAUUCCUCACAUGGCGGAGGAGUACGGGUUCCAGUACGAGCUGGUCCAGUACAAGUGGCCGCGCUGGCUGCACCAGCAGACGGAGAAGCAGAGGAUCAUCUGGGGCUACAAGAUCCUCUUCCUGGACGUGCUCUUCCCCCUCGCCGUGGACAAGUUCCUGUUCGUGGACGCGGACCAGAUCGUCCGCACCGACCUGAAGGAGCUGCGAGACUUCAACCUGGACGGGGCGCCCUACGGCUACACCCCGUUCUGCGAGAGUCGCAGGGAGAUGGACGGCUACCGCUUCUGGAAGUCGGGCUACUGGGCCAGCCACCUGGCCGGCCGCAAGUACCACAUCAGUGCCCUCUACGUGGUCGACUUGAAGAAGUUCCGCAAGAUUGCAGCCGGCGACCGGCUGAGGGGACAGUACCAGGGCCUGAGCCAGGACCCCAACAGCCUGUCCAACCUGGACCAGGAUCUGCCCAACAACAUGAUCCACCAGGUCCCCAUAAAGUCCCUGCCUCAGGAGUGGCUGUGGUGUGAGACCUGGUGCGACGACGCCUCCAAGAAAAAGGCCAAGACUAUCGACCUGUGCAACAACCCGCAGACCAAGGAGCCCAAGCUGAAGGCCGCCGUGCGCAUCGUGUCCGAGUGGAGCGACUACGACCAGGAGGUGAAGAGGCUCCAGGGCCGGCUCCUGGAGGAGAAGGAGAAGGAGAAGGGCGCCGGCGCCGCCGGCGGCAACGGGACGACGCGGGACGGAAAGACAGAUGGCGGAAAGCACACGGAGCUGUAAGCUGUGGCGCUCUGGGAGAAGACAGCACACGAGCUCUGUUUAAAGAGCUCCUUUCUGGGGUUUCGAAACCUUUUCCCAGAGCACAGCCCGCGGUCCUACUGAAAGACUUGACACGACGCUGAAUGCAAAUUCAACUUUUCUAUGGGAGAAGAAACAUUGGGA